AUGGAAUUUCCUACAGAUUCGUUUCCGAUAGACACCGAUAGUGAUAGCCAAACGUCUUCCGAUAAUGAGACGCGUGAAUUUUUCGAGAAGGUGUAUAACGAACUUGAAGCAACUUCGAGCCGCCCAAAGAAGAAAAUGGUGGAUCGUGAUCGUAUACAUGCCAACGAAGUAUUAAUGAAGGAUUAUUUUGUGGAGAAUGCGGUCUACAAUGCCGAAACGUUUAGAGAUCAGCUUCAUUUACCAAAAGAUUUAUUUUUAAAGAUUGUUGGAGACAUCGAAGCAAGCGAAGAAUGGUUUCAAGAACGUUACGACGAUCACAUGAUGCGUUUUACUGAACAUAUUGCGUUUUAUGCUUUUAUCCAUAUUAGUUCAUAUACAAACUUUAAAGAUAACAUUUCCAAGUGGGAGGAACGUGUACGCUUAAACAGUGGAAGAAAGUUUUUCAAACCUAAAGUCAGUGGAUUCAUUACACCUGCUGUUGGAAUAGAUAUGCACUUGCUGCAGGUUUUUCUGCAAGAAAAAAAUACCUCUUGGAAAAAUGGUGGUGGUUUAGUGAAAAUAAGAUAUAUUGUCUGCUCAAAAGAAGGAUUUCAUGUUAGCAAAGAAAUAGAUUCUGGUUCAGUUGAGAAUAGUAAAAAGAUUGUUAGACAAGAACAUAAUUAUAUCUUUGUGGAAGAUGAAGAUAUUCAUUUCUUGCCGGCUGCCAGAAGUAUUGAUUAUGUGAAAGAAAGUUUUAUAUCUGGAUUGUCUGCAAUCAAUAUUGGACCUGUUAAAGCAUUCAAUAUUAUGAAAACAAUGUAUGGUGGUUUUGGUGAAGUUGGUUCUAGUAAAGUUGAUUGUAAGAAUUAUAGAAGGGAUUUGAAUCUUUACAUAGGAGAGUAUGAUGCAGAAAUGGUAGUUAGGCGUCUUAUUAGGAAGAAAGAAUGUUGUCAUGGUUUCACAUGUGAUUAUGUUAUUGGUGAAGAUAGAAGAUUGAAAGGGCUUUUCUGGGCUGAUGAGCAAUCAAAAACAAAUUAUACAGUGUUUGGUGACAUAUUUGGUUUUGUUGCUACUUAUAAAUCAAACAAGUAUGAUUUGGUUUUUGUACCAUUUACUGGUAUUGAUAAUCAUUUUAGGAAUGUCACAUUUGGUGGUGCAUUUCUUGGUUCGGAGACUGCAGAUUCUUAUAGAUGGCUUUUAAGGUGCUUUGUUAAUGCUUUUAGAAGUGAGCCUAAAGUUGUUGUUACUGAUCAAGAUGUUGCAAUGAAGAGAGCUAUUAAGGAUGUACUUUCAAGAAGUAGGCAUAAGUUAUGUAUGUGGCAUAUAUGGGAGAAAUUGAAGACAAAGGUUGGUCCUGUUUUGUCAGCAAACAUUGAUUUUAAUACAAGAAUGACUCAUGUUGUUUGGAAUGAUACUAUUAUUCCAGAAGAUUUUGAAACUGAGUGGCAUUCAAUAAUGUCUACUUUUGGAUUGGAAAAUCAUGAGUGGUUAAAAGAUAUGUAUGAUCUUCGAUUUGAUUGGAUUCCCGCUUAUUACCUUGGAGAGGAUUUUGCUGGUCUUAUGCGUACUACAUCAAGAUGUGAAAGCGAGAAUUACUUCUUUGGUCAGAUUUGCAAUCCAAGAUGUACACUUGUUGAAUUUUUCACUCAUUUUGAGACUGCAAUGGAUAUUCAAAGGCAUGAGCAUAGGAGGAAUGAUCAUGAUACAAGGUAUAUUCAGUGUAAGACCUGGAGUGACUUUGUAUUGGAGAAACAAGCAUCAGAAAUAUAUACCAAAACAAUUUUUAAGGAUAUUCAGAUUGAAAUUGAUGCUGCCAUUACAAAGUGUAUGUCAAAGUCUCUUGAUACUGUGAGUGAUGUUCAAUAUUUUGAAAUAAAGGAUUUCAAACAGCCAUGCACAUCUUUUUUCAAGGUGCAAUACAGCAAACAAGAAGAUGGUUUAAGUAUAAGUUGUUCUUGCAAACGGUUUGAACAAUUUGGUAUAUUGUGCCGCCAUAUAUUUUAUGUUCUACGGUAUGCUGAUAUAACUGAGUUUCCUAGAAGAUAUGUUCAUAGAAGAUGGAUAAGAGAUGUUGUUUCAAUUGGAUCAAAUCAUUGCAAUAUUCGGUUUGAUGAAAUGGGUAGGAAUAGUGAAAUUGAUAAUGUUUAUAGAAAAAUCGUUGUUGCAAAUGAGUAUGUGGUUAAUAGGCUGGCCGGGGAUUUAGAUGAGCUGUGUCGUUACAGGGAUCGUAUUAAAAGUUAUAUUGAUAAAGCGGAUGAGGUUAUGGUUGCUGUGCCGCCUCCUAGUCGCAAAGAAAGAUUUGCUGAUAUUGGAGGGAACUUAGAAAAAUCAGAUUCUAUGAUUUGUGUCCCGUUCAAAAUAAGGACCAAAGGACGCGGUGUACAAAAAAGGAUCAAGUCUAAUCGUGAGAUUGCAAUUCAGAAAUCAUCAAAGAUCCAGAAAUCGUGCCGUGUAUGUGGUGGAAAAGGACAUAACCGUUGCACAUGUAAAGAUAAGGUUUCUUCUAAUGCUAUAGGUUCUAGCAAUGCAAUGUAA